AUGAAAUAUUACCUAAAAGUUAUUCAUUUAAAUGAAUACAAAAACUCUUUUAUUGGAAGUUCAAAAAUAAUAAUAAAAACUAUUCAAUUAACUGUUUUGGAACAUUAAUUAGAUGUAUUGAAAAUAAUGUACCUAACUGGAUUGAUUAUUUUGAAGGUUAAAUUAAAACUAUUCAAUAUAAUGAUGAUCUCAUUCUUAUUUAUACUGAUUAAGCAUUACUAUAUAUAGAAAACGAUAUGGGUGUGCGAUAAGAAGCACCAUUUAUUUUACCAUUUUUAAGUUCAAUAGUUUAAGUCCUAAAAAUCACAUAUUAUAUCUUCAAAAUACUGGAGAAUUUAAAGUCAUUAAUUUAAACUAAAAAAAAUAUCAUAUGAAAGUGAUAUCAAAACACUUAUGUAACAUGUAGAUGAAUGGAUGGAUGGAUAAAAAAUAAUUAUUAAAUUGAAGAUGAAAAGAAAGGUAAAUAAAGUUUUGAUCCAAUCAUUAAAGCAAAUUUUACAAUUGAUGAUGAAGGUAUUCCAUUUGUUAAAUUUCUUUUUAAAGAUUAUUGUAUUUAUACUUUUCAUAAAUAAUUAGGAAAAUGGAUCAAAACCAAUAAAGUGAUGUGAAGUAUUAAUCAUAUCUAUAUAUUCAUUAACAACAAAAAGGUUUAAGAUUAAAAACAAUUUAAUAUUAAUCAUUUUAAAAUUCCUCCCUAGAAUGAUUCUUAAAUAUUGAAAAGAUUAAUCUAAAAAAAUACUAUUGAUGAUGCUAUAAUGAUAUUUAAUAAAUAUCAAAAAUUAGAAGAAUAAUUAAAAAUAUUGAUACAAACAUACACAAUAAAUUAAAAACAUUACAUUAAACUCAGGUUUAUUAAGACAUAUUAGAAAACAUUAUAUGCUAAUAUUAAGAAAAUAAUUUGA